CUCGCCCGUGUUGUGUGUGUGUGUGUGAGUGUGUGAGUGAGUGAGAGAGCGAGUGAGUGAGUGAGUGAGUGUGUGGGGGGACUUGCUUGUUGUCGGUGACUUCCCCCUCCCCUCCACCCUUACCCCUUCCCUGCCGCUGCUGCAGUGGCCGCUCCCUGGGCCGUAGGAAAUGAGCGAUAACGAUGACAUCGAGGUGGAGAGCGACGAAGAGCAACCGAGGUUUCAAUCUGCGGCUGACAAACGGGCUCAUCAUAAUGCACUGGAACGAAAGCGUAGGGACCACAUCAAAGACAGCUUUCACAGUUUGCGGGACUCGGUCCCAUCACUCCAAGGAGAGAAGCAACAGGCAUCCCGGGCCCAAAUCCUAGACAAAGCCACAGAGUAUAUCCAGUAUAUGCGAAGGAAAAACCACACACACCAGCAAGAUAUUGAUGACCUCAAGCGGCAGAAUGCUCUUCUGGAGCAGCAAGUCCGUGCACUGGAGAAAGCGAGGUCGAGUGCCCAACUGCAGACCAACUACCCCUCCUCAGACAACAGCCUCUACACCAACGCCAAGGGCAGCGCCAUCUCUGCCUUCGAUGGGGGCUCGGACUCCAGCUCAGAGUCGGAGCCUGAAGAGCCCCAAAGCAGGAAGAAACUCCGGAUGGAGGCCAGCUAAGCUCUGCCGGGCAGGCCAGCAAUAAAAACUGUCUGUCUCCUCCGUCGUCUCAUCCUCCUUUCAGUUCAUCCUUAGAACCCUCAGAACCAUUUAAGAGACUCUAUUUUUUCCUUUCUCUAUUUUUUUUUUAAAUUUUAUUUUUACAUAGAAGCUCUUGGACAACAGCUCUCGUUCUCCUUCCCCAUUUCCACUAUUUUUUUUUUAAUGUUUCCCUUCAGGGAUUCCCUGUCCCCACCAGGAAUUUUUAAACCAAAACACCCCAACUUGGCAGCUUUUUCUGUGGAGGACAGACGGCCGGCCGGACCUCUGAGCACAUGGUGUCCUGACCACCCACCAGCUCCUCCAGCCCUGCCGGGCACAGGCCCGGAGGACUCCUGCCCCUCCCAGGCCUCCCCAGGCCACCCUCGCCUCUGUUUGAUAGACUUUGUGAAUCUGUGGACUGCUCUACUUUAAGAAGAUGACUGGUUUAAGAAGUGAUGAGAAUUAAAAAGCUAUUUAUCGCUCCUGUUGAAAGACCAGAUCCUUGAAGAAGUUUGUGGUGUGAAAGGAAGUGGGGACAGAGUUGCAGCACAGUCUUGGGCCUGUUUCACUCCUGCUUCUCUCAGCCAGCCUUCGGGAGGGCCGUGGGACACUCGUGUGGUGUGGGGGACGUCAGCAGUGAAGUGGCCGCCAGAGGGUGCUGGGGGCGGGAGGGCAAGGAGGGAGGAGUGGGUGGGGUAGAGGUUUUGUAUUGAGGGCCAGUGAUGAUGUUUUGAUAUUUAUUUCCUGCUACUGAAAUUUGAAUCUGAGUGAAUUGUCCCUAUUUCUGAUGAUGUCGGUAUUGCAAAGCGACAGAUUCAUAAAGUAAUGAUCAAAUCUUCCUUUCUUUCCGUGUGUAUUUCUAAGAAAUAGAGCCAACUGAUUUUGUAUGUAAAUACCAAGAGCAAUUUACCUGGUACUAAACCCGCACCCCAGUGCGGCCCCUUCCCACCCUCGCCCCACGUCCUUUCUGACUGUUCUGGAACCUGUCCCCACGGUGACCCAGCCCUGGUUCUGGCUGCGGUCAGCAGCUCCCAGUGAAGGGUUUUGUGUGUUUAGGCCUCAUUUCUUUGUCUUUUUCCUACUCCGUUCCUGGCAUUUGCUGAUUUCUAGUGUAUACUCUGUAGUCUCAGUCCGUGUUUGGUUCCAUUCCAUGGAAAUAAAAAGUAUGUUGUACAUACUGCCGAAGAAUUGUCUUGCAAGUUAAGGCUUCCCCCUUUACUAUAAGACUAUAAAUAAAAACUUAUUUUAUCCUU